GCUCUGAUGUAAAAGAGUACGCUGGUCUCGUGAAUCAGAUUUCUUAUGUAGGCUAUCUCUCUCUGUUUUCUGUCGGACUCGCUUACUUAUAAUUUUUCAAACUCACUUAUCAAUGUCUUGGAGACAUUACUUACUGCCAAGUCCUUGAGUGCGGCACGCAGGGAUUUCAGCAUGCUUGGAUGAAAAGUUUUUGACAGCUCCUCUUUCGUGGUCCGGCUAUAAGAAGUCAAUACUUGUUCUUCCUCUGUUUCGGAGCUGACCCCACUCUACUGCUUGCAUCCCGUAUCUGUCAAUCACUCGUGGACAGUAUAUUAUGGUCGUGUCGGUGCAAUAAUUCAUCCUGAACGCAUUUCUUUCCUAAAUCGGGCAAAAUGACUAACUGCCGUUGGAAGAACUUUGCAUUUCUAAUUGUUUUUCAUGUCUUGUCCAUGUCAACAGCAACGGGCAAUACAGACAACACACUUCUGAAUUUACAUGAUGGGAAAAGCUUGGACCAGAGUGUGCUGCACAGUGCUGUCCCUAAGCCCCAACGCUAUGACACCACGGUACCUCUCCUGCUGGAAGGGCGGCAGCGCAAACCACUCAGCCAGCUCAAGUCCAGGAGUCAUCCUGCAUCACUGAAGCUGGUGGUGGAGGCGGAAGGUGAACAACUGGUCCUGGCACUAGAAAAAAACCAGGGCCUGUUUGCAAGCCAUUACACUGAGACACAUUAUCUGGACGAUGGCAGUGCAAUCACUGGUGCUCACAACUUUACGAAGAACUGCUACUACCAUGGAAAAGUGGAAGGCCACGCUAACUCUGACGUCACUCUCAGCACCUGCUCUGGCCUCCGGGGUUUCAUCUCACUUGAAAAUAAGACCUUCAUCCUUGAACCAUCGUUGUACCAGGACAAUAAUAAACACAUCAUCUACCGAGGGGAAAACCUCAACCUGUCCCCAGGAACCUGUGGUCAUGGCUUCAACAUGUCCUCUGUUAUCCCUGACAACCAUCUGAGAAGCCCUUUCAGAACAUUCAGCACCAGGAACAAGAGGCACGCUCAGAAGACUACCAAAUAUGUAGAGCUGGUCAUCGUUGCAGACAACAGAGAGUUUCAGAAACAGGGGAAGGACGUUGAGAGGGUGAAGCAGAGACUGGCAGAGAUAGCCAAUUACGUGGACAAGUUCUAUAGGGUCCUGAACAUCCGUGUGGCCCUGGUGGGCCUGGAGGUGUGGAGCGACGCUGAUAAGUGUCCUGUCACUCAGGACCCCUUCAACACCCUGCAUGAGUUCCUAGACUGGAGGAAAGUCAAACUACUGCCUACGAAAUCACACGACAACGCUCAGCUCAUCAGUGGGGUGUACUUCCAGGGUACCACCAUUGGCAUGGCCCCCAUCAUGAGCAUGUGUACAGUGGAGCAGUCUGGAGGCAUCGUCAUGGAUCAUUCGGAUAAUCCCUUGGGCGCGGCUGUGACUUUAGCACAUGAGCUGGGGCACAACUUUGGCAUGAACCACGACACUCCAGAGCGGGGGUGUGGCUGCAGGAUGACAGUGGACCACGGGGGCUGUAUCAUGACCCCCUCCACUGGGUACCCAUUUCCUACGGUAUUCAGCACCUGCAGUAAGAAGGACCUGGCCGCCAGUCUGGAGAAGGGAGUGGGGAUGUGUCUGUACAACAUGCCUGAGGUCAAGGUGCUGUACGGGGGACAGAAGUGUGGCAAUGGAUACGUGGAGGAGGGAGAGGAGUGUGACUGUGGAGAACUGGAGGAAUGCAUGAACCCCUGCUGCAAUGACACCUGCACCCUGAAGGGGGAUGCCGUGUGCCACGGACAGUGCUGCGAGGACUGCAGGCUGAAGCCUGCUGGCACACCGUGUCGAGAAUCCAGUAACUCCUGUGAUCUGCCAGAGUUCUGUACUGGUGCCAAUCCCCACUGCCCUGCCAACGUGUACCUGCACGACGGUCACUCCUGCCACAACGUGGAUGGAUACUGCUACAACGGCAUCUGCCAGACUCAUGAGCAGCAGUGCAUCACGCUAUGGGGACAAGGAGCCAAACCUGCCCCAGGGAUCUGCUUUGAGAGGGUCAACUCAGCAGGAGAUCCUUACGGGAACUGUGGGAAGGACUCCAAAGGAUCGUUUGCCAAAUGUGAAGCCCGAGACGCAAAGUGUGGCAAAAUUCAGUGUCAAGGAGGGGCCAACCGGCCUGUGAUUGGCACCAAUGCCGUCUCCAUAGAAACCAACAUCCCCCUCCAAGAGGGGGGCCGGAUCCUGUGCCGGGGGACCCAUGUCUACCUGGGGGACGACAUGCCUGACCCAGGCCUCGUCAUGACCGGCACCAAGUGUGGAGAGGGCAUGAUGUGUCUGAAUCGUCAGUGCCAGAAUGUCAGUGUGUUUGGAGUGCACCAGUGUUCAGGGAAGUGCAGCGGACGAGGGGUCUGUAACAACUUGGAGAACUGUCAUUGUGAGGCGCACUGGGCCCCUCCCUUCUGUGAGAGUGCGGGGUUUGGGGGCAGCCUCGACAGUGGACCAAUGAGAUUGUCAGCUGACAGCAGGGUGGUUGCUGUGGCAAUCCUGGCCACCCUCCUCAGCCUUAUGGGUGCUGGGUUCCUGGUAUUCCUUAAGAGGAAGACUCUGGUCCGUCUGCUCUUCACCAACAAGAAAACCACCAUGGAGAAACUGAGAUCAGUUGGGUCGACCAGACCAGCCAGCCCCAACCAGACUCAGUCCAUGUACAGUCCACGACGCAAGCCCCUAGCCAAGCCUGCAGGUACCAGCAUAUACAAGCCAUCACACCUGAGUUCGGAGCCUCUCCUCCCUCCACACAGUUUCCACUCCCACAGCUUGCGGCGGCUGCCCCACUACCAGCCCCUCCACAUCAGCCACCCUAUGCCUGUCUCCCUGAGUGUGGGUCAGCAGCCCCUGCCACCGGUCCCACCCCACCACAAGGCUCUGCCGGCCCACACCGCCCUCUCCCCACCACGGGCACAGCCCUUCCACAGCCUGCCCCGACAGCAGCCCUACAGAAUGGACCAGGACUGUGAGAAACCCAGUCCACCCCAGAAGCCCCUGCCUGCAGACCCUCUGGGAAGGAGGGCUCGGGUGGGACGCAGCACCUCGGUGGUAGGGGUUCGCCUCCCUGGACCCAUCCCUAUCCCCAUCCCCACUGUACCCAGACCCCUGCUCACCAAUCCACAACUGAACAGACCUGCACCCAUACAACCCCCGAGACUGCCAAAGACUCAUCAUUUUGACCGCUGAUCUCAACGAAGAUCUGAUGGAAUGGAAAAGUGGAGCGCUCUAUGGAUGGAGACCCAUAUUUGCACUACAAGAAUACCAGACCUUUGCAACUUUGAAAGUGUCUCAGAGUUUUAGGGAAAGGAGACUGACUUCAAACCUUGGUGCUGUACCUCUGCUUUUGUUGUCCUCGCUCAGGUACAAAUGAACUAUUUAAUGUCUAUAUUUAUUAUUACCGUGUGCACAGUGCACUCUGGUAGACCCUAUUGACAGUAGCAUAUUGAGACUUGGAUCGCUGUUGGUGAUAAUUUUUUUUUACCCCCAGCAAAAUCAGAAGACCAGUUUGCCAUAUAAUGGAGGGUAUGUUUUUAAAUAUACAGUUAAGGAGAGACAUACUGAAAAAAAGUAUUUUAUUUUUAUCCUGUGAAGUUCCUAGAAUAAUCGAAGAGAGAAACACAGAUUGGGUUAAAGUUAAAGGGAAACAGAGCACUGCAUGGAACACUUUGAGAGUAACUUGUAACUCACUAAGCAGCAGUGUUAGGGACUGGGAAUUUUUGUUCAGUUUAUCAUUAAUAAGAACUGCUUUUACAUUCAAAUGCGUCCACUCACUUCAUAAUCAGAAACGGUGUUGACUGACAUGUUGGACGUAUCAAUUGAGGUGUGUUUCGACUAAUCCAAUUCAGUGCAAAAGCAAGGGAAUUGUUUAGAAUGGACACGUACUUGAGAAUUGACUGUUACGUGAUCUUUGUAUUCAUACAUGAUCUUUAUUCAUAUACAGUUGAAGUUGGAAGUUUACAUACACUUUAGCCAAAUACAUUUAAACUCAGUUUUUCACAA